AUGUUUUUUUAUAUUUAUAAAAUAUAUAUUUUUACCAUAAUACUAUGUGCAUCGAAUCUAUUUAAUGACAACGGAGUAGAAAAUGGAACAUACAAACUAUCAUACCAUAAUGGAGGGAUACAAUUCAGAAUGUUAGCUCAAAAAAACACAAAUAAAAAAUCAAAUGGAAAUGCCUUAAAGAAUAUAUUGUUAAAAGAUAAAAGCAAAAAAGGUAGUAAAAAAAAAAAUCCUGAUGCUGAAAUUUCAGAUCUAGUUAAUUUAGUGGAUAAUAUGAAUAUAACUCAAGAAAAAAAAGAUGAAAUCAAAAAUCUCACAUUAAAAUAUAUGAAUAGUGACGAUAUAAAAGAAAAAAAUGAAUCAAUUAAUGAACUUAAAAAAUACAGUAAUAACGAAGAAUGUAAAGAACAUAUGGAUAAUUAUUUAAUGUAUCUUCGUAUGCAAAAUGAUAUAAAAUGUUUAAAAAGAAAAAAUUUCUGGAAUAAUAUUUGGAUUAAUUCAAUUAACUUCUUCCUAAUCAUUAUAAUGAUAGCAUGUGUAGUUGUGGGUUUAAUUGAUAAUUUUCCUAUAUUUCCUCAUCUAUGUAUUUUUUUAGUUUUUAUGUUAUAUAUGCUUGUUCGUUUCUUUCCUGAUAUGAAAAUGGGUUUUAAAAAAAUAAAAGAAACUUGCACAAAUUUUUUCCAAAAAAAAAAAAAAUAA